GCGGUAUCGACACCAACAACUAGCUGAUUGCCGAUAGCCAAAAUGGUCUUCAUUCUCGGCAUCAACUUCCCCGAGCGACAGCUCGUCAAGGCAAGCAAACCCAACUGCUCGCAUUAUCCUGCUCACAAGCGCUCCAAUCCUUCUUCGGCAUCGGUCCCCUGGCAUGUAACAAGCUCAUGGCCCGCUUCUACGUGCACGAGACAGCGAAAAUCGGUGAUCUGGCGAACAAACAGGUCCUCAGUUUGACAGCAGCAUUAUCGGAAAUGAAGAUUGAAAACGACCUCAGACGACAGAUCUUGGAUGAUAUUCGACGUUUAAAGGAUACUGGGACGGUUCGGGGCAGGAGACAUGCGCUGGGCUUGCCGGUUCGCGGACAAAAUACAAGGUCACAGAUCAAAACGGCGAUCAAACUCAACAAGUUGGACAGAAGGCUUGGGCUCAAGGGUCCAAGGUAAUAAAUUAUACGGGUCGUCUCUCUUUCUUAUUUGGAUAUAUUGUACGUUAUAUGUGGGGUCUUGUAAAUGGCGUUUAAAAUUUUCAAUUGUAUACUACAACAUAGAUUUGAGAAAAUAGAAGAAGUUAGUUUCGGGGG